ACAACUAAGGACGCAGAGUCUAAAGCAGGAGCACACGGGUUUGGGUUUGCGGAGACCGCGGGAGCCAUGGCGCAGAAACCGCUCAGUACCACGGCUGCAGAGCGCAUGAACCUUGUGGCCCAGGACGAGAUCUGGAAAUACCGUCUGAGGGCCGAAAGUGAAGCCCGGCAAAACUGGCCGGCCAAGUGGGGAUAUUUAACAACGUCCAUGAAAGAGCUGCUUGAGGGUGAAGAGGAGCCACAAACCCCAAAGCCCAAGACUGAGCUGCCUAGCCACUUCUAUGUCCGUCCAGUGAGCCCCAUGGAUAAACACAUCAAGAUUCUCCCAUCGCCCCCAGUCCCAAAGACCACCCAGGGCUUCAUCGGAUGGCGAUCGGGGAAGCCAGGCCUGUACUGUUUGGAGAAGUACUCAGACGUUUGCAGCUGCAAAGGGGCUUAUGCCCGAGAGCUAUGCUGGCCCGAGCAAGGGGUACACUGAGCAACACCAUCCUCUGCCUCAGACAGGGUGUGUGCUGUGCCUGGGUGAGCAUCCCUGAUACUUUGAAGAACAACAGUUUGCUGUAGGCACUGCCAUUUGUUGGUGCUUCUGGCAUUCUUGGCUAACCUAGGGUAAAAUAGAUACCCUGAC